GCCGCCUGUUUGACUGUGGUUCUUCAUCUCAGGCUCUCCGGGCUUCCAGUCUGGGCAGUUGGCUGGUUUUCUUUUUAAGGAAGGCCAACUUACCGUGGACCCCCCCUUCAUCUCAUGAGUCUCAGGCGGGGUUGGAGGAAAGGAGUUUGUGAGAAGGAUGCCUGUGUAUUUAGCCACUUCAAAAGUCUAAUCCUUUUAAGGAGGCAAGGGGACCCUCGCCAACUAUUAAGAUAUAUUGAUCCUAAAGAGGCAGAGCUUCUAGAUGCUGCUUCUGGAAUUAAUAUUCGAUUCAGAUUAGGUGGUGAGAAGUUUCCUCCCAAUAUAUAUUAUAAAAUUUUCACUCACAGACAUAUUGUAGAUCUAUGUGCUAACAGUCCUAGAGAUUAUGUGAACAUUAUCCCAAAGCAACUAUCACAUUUGACAUUUGAUAAGAAACAUCUAGAAGAUGACCACGAUGGUUGGUACAAACGUAUAGAGAACAAUGGCUGGAGACUUGUUUCCAAAAGAUUUUGGAAAGUCACUGAUGAGAUCACUGAAGAAGGAAAUAAACAAAAAAUUGACUUUCACUUCUCCAAACUGAAGAGAAGGCAGGACAUUGACAUAAGAAGAAAAUAUAAAAAAAUUAGAUGGAUGAAGCAAAUGUAUUAUUCAGGAAGCUUGGAAACAAAGAAAGCAGAUGAUAGGUGUACGGACUUAAUUCUUAAAGCAACAAAAGGAUUGAUAAAAGCAGUUGAAGAAGGUGGAAUGGACUCAGUGAUGGAAUGGGAGGUGGAUGAAAUUCUGAACUGGACAAAUACCCUCAACUUUGAAGAGUAUGUCAACAACUGGAAAAACAUUGCUACAAGCAACUCUUCAGCUAACAUUCACGGUUUCAGGUUUGGGACAAUAUGGAAUCCAGUAUCUAAAUUAGACUUUUCUCCUGCUGCCCUGGAACAAAUGAAAAAGGAAGAAAAAUUGAAGAAAGCAGCAGAAAAUUCAUAGCUACUUGGCAGAGACCUCUGAUGUGUCAUGUCCUUCUGUACAUUCUUUGAUUUUCUGAACACAUCAGUUAUACCUCAGAUGUUGGUUUGCCAUAUUCUUUAAGGAGUAAUCUAUAUACUCAUACACAUCAUACACAGUAGAUAUAGCCCUUUAGGCAAUACAGUUUAACUAGAAAUAGAACAUUAUGCUUAAUGUAGUGAC